UAUAAAUACACACACUUACGCAUUUUCUUCGAUCAACUAUAUAUCUCUCUAAGAUCUGUAUAUACAUACAUAACAAGACAAAGAGGAGAAAAAAAGAGAGAAAGAGGACAUCGGGAACAUGUCUGAUUGGGGACCAGUUUUUGUCGCGGUGACGCUUUUCGUGUUGCUAACUCCGGGGCUGCUGAUUCAAAUUCCAGGGAGAAACCGAGUAGUUGAAUUUGGAACAUUUCAGACAAGUGGUGUUUCGGUUAUUGUUCAUACCCUAGUCUACUUCACUCUUGUUUGUAUUCUCUUGAUUGCUAUCCAAGUUCACAUGUAUAUUGCCUAAUCGAAUAAAAUAAAAUAAAACAUCUCCA